AUGGAACGUGAACAGUCCCUCGAUCAGCGGUCUACUGGAGAACAUGUACAGGGGGGAUGGAAUCGAGAUGGAGAAAGAAAAGCAUUAGAAACAGUAGUAGAAGAAGAAGAAGAAAAAUAUGAUUAUGAUAAUGUAUACUGCAGAGACAUCGUGCCAUGCAUAGAAGGAUUGCCGUGGAACGCAUACCCUUACCAGAGUUUGCUUUGGAGACUGGCACAAGAAAUCUGCGACGUGCUCGACCUUCUUGAUAACCAUCAUACAACCUAUAAUUGCACACUAGAGAAGAGAGCUAUGGAGUAUCAAAUAGAGCAGGUGCAGAACCCAGCUUUUGCCAUAAGGGAUUGCCACGUAAAUUUACAGGGGACUCUUUCAGAAAAAGAAGAAAGCGAUGAGGGAGUGGGUCGAAUUGUCAUGACUCAGAACGAUAAUGUUAUUUCUACACUAGAGGGAUGCGGAGAAGUAAGCUUCUACGGCUGCGGAAUACGAGGAGAUGGAUAUGAAAAUUUCGGAGGAGUGAGGAUAUUGUGUCUUUUCGGUAAGUUUGAUUGCAACUCUUGA